UAUAGAUGGACUGAGUUAAAGUUUCUUCUUCGUCUCACUGCUUUGUUUGAACAUCUACAGGCUUGAUGCUGUCAAGUUGCUGAGCGACGGAGGUUUGGGAAGCCUGCAUGACUAAUUCAGUCCAAUGGAAAUUCCAUUAUUUUCAGUUCUGGAGUCCUUCCUCCUUUACCACACUCUCCUAGCCCGCUUUCACUCCACGGCUAGUCACUGCUCUCUUCAGUCUUAUUAUGAUUUUCCUCAACUGCUUCCCCUAUGUCGAGGAAAGGAAGAGAGAAUACAAAACACAGGAAAAAUUCACACCCCCUCCCCAACUCCCAACCUCUAUUUCACUUUCACUGUGGGAACUGGCUUGUUUGUUCAGUUGCUGCUGUGAACAAAUGGAGCUGCAGAAUCUGCAGAAAUGUCACAAUGCUACUUUACGGCUUUUGCACAGAAAAUAUUGUUGGAAACAAAACAUGCUAGGAUGGAGGUCAGCGUGGGUCGUGUUUUUGUCGUUAUUAUUCUAAGGGAGAACCAGUUGUCGACAACAUCAGGUGUUUGCAUGUGGCGGUGGGGGGGAUCAGGAACCCCAAAUAUAAACAGCCCUAGGUGGACCGCUACUUCCUCUUUCGCUUUUUACUGUCGUGCCCUCUCCUACCAACCACCUUGUCUUCCUCUUUUGGUUUUGUUGUUUGACGCUUUCUGACAUGAAUUUAAGUAAGUGGAUGUCAUGGAGAAAGCGCAGUGUCUUCAGGAGGAAACGAAAACCUCUAAGUCUGCUUCUUGAUGAACAUGACUUGGUGCAGAAGAAAACAUUCACCAAGUGGAUAAAUGCACAGUUCUCCAAGGCGGGUAAGACGGCCAUCAAGGAUAUGUUCUCUGACCUGAGGGAUGGGAGGAAGUUGCUGGACUUGCUGGAGGGCCUCACUGGAACUAUCCUGACCAAAGAGCGAGGCUCCACCAGAGUGCACGCUCUCAACAACGUCAACAAAGUGCUUCAAGUUCUGCACCAAAAUAACGUGGAUCUUGUAAACAUUGGAGGAACAGACAUUGUGGAUGGCAACCACAAACUUACUCUGGGCCUCAUCUGGAGCAUUAUUCUUCACUGGCAGGUGAAAGACAUCAUGAAGGACGUCAUGUCCAAUCUGCAGCAGACCAACAGCGAGAAGAUCUUGCUGAGUUGGGUGCGCCAGUGCACGCGUGCUUACCCAGAGGUCAACGUACUGAACUUCACCACCAGCUGGGCCGACGGCCUGGCUCUCAACGGCAUCCUGCACCACUUCAGACCAAAUGCAUUCAGUUGGAAUCGUGUGGUCCAAAUGAGCCCUGUGGAACGCCUGGAACAUGCCUUCACUGUAGCCAAAGAUCAGCUGGCUGUUGAGAGGCUACUAGAUCCUGAAGACGUGGCGGUACACUCACCAGAUAAGAAGUCCAUCAUCUUGUAUGUGACGUCACUGUUCGCCGUGCUUCCCAAAGACAUCAGCAUGGAUUCUAUCCAGGAGGUCGAAACACUGCCGCGCAAAUUUAAAGUAGAGGCUGAGGAAUCUGCUCCGGGCCUCGGUGCGCAGAAUAUGAAACUGGCGGAGGCACGUAGCAACUUAACAGAGAUGGAAGUGGAGAUGGAGGGCGGCAUGCUGGAAGCGGAUUUGGACAGCUACCAGACAACCCUGGAGGAGGUUCUAACCUGGCUGCUGUCGGCUGAGGAUGCCCUGCAAAUCCAGGACGAGGUGUCGGAGGACGUGGAGGAAGUCAAAGAGCAGUUUCACACACAUGAGGCCUUCAUGAUGGAGCUGACGGCUCACCAGAGCAGCGUGGGCAAUGUGCUGCAAGCCGGCAAUCAACUCAUCGCCCAAGGCAGCCUGUCCGAGGAGGUGGAAGAUGAAAUACGGGAGCAGAUGAGCCUCCUAAAUUCCCGGUGGGAGAGCCUCCGCGUCGCCAGUAUGGACCGCCAAGCCAGACUUCAUGAAGUCCUAAUGGAGCUGCAGCAGCAGCAGUUGCAGCAGCUUUCCGAUUGGCUGACUCGGACGGAAGACAGAAUCAGAAAGAUUGAGACCGAAUCUCCUGCUAAGGACAUCGACGACUACAGGGAACGGAUCGAACAGCAUAAAGAGCUUCAGAAUGACCUUGAGGCGGAGCAGGUGAAGGUCAACUCUCUCACGCACAUGGUGGUGGUGGUGGAUGAGAACAGCGGUGAGAGUGCCACCGCUGCCUUGGAGGAGCAGCUGCAAUCGUUGGGGGAACGCUGGGCUGCUGUGUGUCGCUGGACAGAGGAGAGGUGGCACAAGCUACAGGAAGUCUUCACGGUGUGGCAGCAGCUGGUGUCGGAUCAGGCUUUGUUCAGAGCAUGGUUGGAGAAAAAAGAGGAAGCCUUGAGUGAAGUGGAAACCAGCAAUUUUAAGGACCCCAGCGAUAUAAACGCAAACGUGCGGCAUCUAGCUAUUCUCAAGGAAGACAUGGAGAAGAAGAGGCGGACGCUAGACCAACUUUCCGAUGCAGGCCAGGAUGUGAUAUCGUUACUGAGGAGUUCAGAGGCCGGAGCUAAUAUUGAGGCGGACGCUGAGGAUUUGGCACAUAGAUGGGACAACUUGGUGCAGAAGCUGGAGGACUGCUCCUUCCAAGUGAUGGAAGCUGUCACAGAUGUCGGAUUGACGCAGGUGGACGAACAGGUUGUCAUGAGGACGGUUGCCGUGGCGGCCGCUGCUUCAACUCACGACCAGGAGUUGCCCCCACCUGCUCCUCCCAAAAAACGCCUGGUGGAGACUGACAAUGAAGUCAGGAAAGUGUUUGAGAAUAAACUGUCAGAUGUUUUGAGCUGGAUGAAAAAAUGGAAGGCGUCUACUCAGGCUUUAGCCUCCACACAUCCAGACACUACAAGUGAUACCGAAGGCCUGCAGGAAAAGUUAAAGGCUCAUGAGAUGGAACUCCAAGCAAAGGAGCCUGCAAUCAAUCAAGUGAUCCAGGAAGGUCGAGGCUUGAUGGACCAACUUGAGAGAGAGGGGGUCCAUGUGGACUCGGUAAGGGCGGACGUAGACCUGAUCCAAACAGAAUGGGAGGUGUGUGCCAGGGAACUGCGGGUAGCCCGUGACCGUGUCGGCGCCCAGGCCCAGUCCACUGCCUUGUCUGCAGAGCUGGCAAGUCUGGAUCAGGUCCUGACUGACCUGGAUCGAUGGCUGGAUUCCACUUCUGCUGUGGAAAAGUGUGACGACGCCGGACUCGGGAGCAUGAGUGAAGAAUGUCAGUCCCGCCUGGUCCAAGUCGCUCCCUUGGGCUCGCAGUUGGAGAGGAUUUGUGCAGAUGUGGAAAUGUUGGAAAACAUGCUGUCUUUAAAAGACAACACGGUAGUGGUGUCGGCACAUCACGCUUCCACCUUGCAGCGACUCCAGAGCAGACAGGAAGAGCUGAACCGAGUUUUGGAGGCCAUCAAGACUCGAUCUGUCCUGGUGGAGGCGCUAGAGGCCAGGCUGGCGGCGAUGAGGGACGGAAUCGACGACGUUCUCACUACCGAGGCGGCAGUGCGGCGAGCACAGGCCUUGUGUCUGGAGAUUGAACAAACGCAGCAAGCAUCCGAUCCAGCAGAGCAACAAAGAUGGAGUCAACUGUCCACCAAGGCCCGCGAGGAGCUGGCCACGCUCAAGUGUCUCCUAGGAAGCAUGAAGGACCAGCAGGUGAAGUUGGGGGAGUUGGAACGCUGGUUGGAGGCGGUUCGGGAACUCUUGUCCCGGGAUGCUACGAGGUCGGGGAACACAGAGAGCUUACAGGAGGAGCUGAAUCAUUGCAAGGAGCAUGUGAACGAGAUGGAGUCCAUGGAGGCUUCCUUUAAGCAGAUGGAUGAGAAUGUGAGAGCUGUGCAGGCGGCUGCAGUACCAGGACUGGCCAAGUGGGGGCAGAAUAUGACAGAUUUGCGAAGUCAAUUUGACUCGCUUUCGAAACAGUUGCUGAGCCGCCAGGAGAGUUUGUCAGAGAGUCAGGAGAAGCAGGUGAACCUGAAGAAAGACUUGGCGGAGAUGCAGGAAUGGAUGGCUCAAGUGGACGAGGAGUUUCUGAUGAGAGACUUUGAGUAUAAGAGUCCAGAGGAGCUUGAGUCAGCGCUAGAUGAAAUGAAGAGGGGACAAGAGGAUGUGCUACAGAAGGAAGUGAAAGUGAAAAUCCUGAAGGACAGCAUCAAUAUGUUAGUGUCUAAAAAGUCACCGUCUGGUGUAGGCAGCGGGCAGGCGCUGACGGCACAGCUUGAGGGCGUUCUGGGCAACUACCACAAGCUCUGUGACCGCUUUAAGAGCAAGUGCCACACCCUGGAGGAGGUAUGGUCCUGUUGGAUGGAGCUACUCCAGUAUCUGGAUAUGGAACAGAGUUGGCUCAACACCUUAGAGGAGAAGGUCCAAGCGACUGAGAAUAUACCAGAAAGCACUGAGGCUGUUAAUGAAGCUCUGGAGUCUCUGGAGAGCGUGCUCCGCCACCCGGGAGACAACCGGACACAAAUCAGAGAGCUUGGUCAGACACUGAUAGACGGCGGAAUUCUGGAUGAGCUCAUUAGCGAAAAACUCAAGGCCUUCAAUUCCCGCUACGAGCAACUCAACAACCAGGCUGUGAAGAAGCAGAUGGGCCUGGAGCAGCAGCAGCAGACGUUGAAGGAGAACGACCGGGCUCUUCAAACCCUCCAGGAGUCUCUCUGUCAGCUGGACCACACUCUCACCUCCUACCUGACCGACCGCAUUGACGCCUUUCAGCUUCCACAGGAGGCACAGACCAUCGGAGCAGAGAUCGCUACCCACGAAGUCACGGUGGAGGAGAUGCGGAGGAGGAACGUGGCCAAUUUGCCUCUGCCAGCCGCUGAUGGCAAGGCUGCCAAAGGGGGCACCAUGCUGGACCAGCUUCAGAGAAAACUGAGGGAGAUUUCCACCAAGUACCAGCUCUUCCAGAAACCUGCUAACUUUGAGCAGCGCAUGCUGGACUGUAAGAGGGUUCUAGACGGCGCCAAGGCUGAGCUGCACGUUCUGGAUGUCCGGGAUUUGGAGCCGGAGACAAUCCAGGUCCACCUGAAUGGCUGUAUGAAACUUUACAAGUUGCUUAGCGAAGUGAAGCUGGAGGUGGAGACGGUGAUAAAAACAGGUCGUCAGAUUGUGCAGAAACAGCAGACGGAGAACCCCAAGGCUAUGGACGAGCAGCUGACUGCUCUCAAACUGCUUUACAAUGACCUGGGGGCACAGGUAACAGAGGGCAAACAGGACUUGGAAAAAGCCUUGUCUCUGUCUCAGAAGUUCCACAAGGAGAGCGACGCCCUGCGGGAGUGGCUUACUACUAGCGAGGCGCAGCUCCAGCAGAAGAACAGCAGUGGAGACAUGCCAGCGGACAUUGAUGCAGAGGUUGGCUGGGCUAAUGGCCUUUUAAAGGAGUCGGAGCGUCGUCAGCAGGAUCUGUCCAGCUUGAUGGAGACCAGCGCUGGCUUGCAGACUCUAGUGGAGGGCAGCGAGGUGCAGCUGGAGGACAAACUCAGUGGCCUCAAUGAUUCAUGGGGCCAAGUCCACACAUGGAUCGAGGACUGGCUGAGUGCCGUGCUGAGUCACCAGAAUGAGGUUGAGAUAUUUGAUGAGAACUUGGCUCACAUCAGCACUUGGCUUUACCAGACCCAGAUCCACCUGGACGAGGCCGAGAAGCUUGAGCCACAAGAGCGAGAUAAAGUGCUCAAGAACAUGCUGGAGGAGCUGGAGGACAUCGCUCUGCGUGUGGACAACGUGAGGGACCAGGGUGUCAUCCUGAUGACCAGCAGGGGGCCGGCCUGCCGGGAUGUAGUGGAGCCCAAACUGGACGAGCUGAACUGCAACUUUGACAAAGUGUCGCAGCACAUCAAAACAGCCAAGAUGAUGAGCAAUUUGGUGUCAAGAGGCGUUGAUGUGAACCAGGAAGUGUCCCAGCAGGUUUUUCAUAACUUGGAGACUGCUGAUGGUCUGCUUCCCAGUGAGGUGCACAUGUUCCAGACCGAGCUCCAGGACACACUCAGGACUCUGCAACUGGACCACCAGGACCCUGCAAACAUCCCCGAUGAUGACAAGAUGGAUGAGGAGAAAGCCAGUGUAGAAGACCUGCUGAGAAGAGGAGAAGAUCUGCUGCAGCAAACGUCAGACGAGGUCCAGAGGGAGGAAUUGAGGCUCCUGCUGCUUCGGCUCCAGAACCAGUACUCUGCUCACAGGGAGUUGAGGGUGCUGAGAAGCAGGCAUCUAGAAGCAGAGUCGUCUCACAUGAUCACACAGCAAAUAAAAGAGAACCCACCAGAGGACAUGCAUUGUGCAGUGGAAUGCAGCCGCACACCCUCCCAGAGCCCAUCAGGCUACCUGCUGGACAUCAACAAAGUACUGCUGGCCAUGGCCGACAACGAGUUGCUGCUCAAUUCCUCCGAGCUCAGCGGGGGGCUCUACGAAGACUUCUCCAGCCAGGAGGACACACUCAGGAACAUUGGCGAAAACCUGGAGCUUCUCAGUGAGCAGGUCACCGGCAUCCAUGAGCGGCAUCCCGAUGUCAUCCUGGAUGCUUUGCCUGCGGACGUCUCUCAGGUGGAAGACGGUGUCACGCAGCUCAACGCAGAGUGGGACCGUCUCAACCGCAUGUACAACCAGCGCAAAGGGAGCUUCGACCGGGCUGUGGAGGAAUGGAGGCAGUUCCACUGCGACAUGAACGACCUCAGCCAGUGGCUGGCCGACACAGAGAGGUUGCUCUCCGAGGGCGUUGGAGCCGAGGGACAGUUGGACCUGGACUCUGCACGGCGCCACCAAGCGGAGCUAGAGGAAGGCCUAUCCAGCCACCAGCCCGUCCUAACCGGACUAACCCGCACCGGAGAGCGCAUCAUCGGCCAGUUGUCCUCCCCUGACGGGCCUCUCCUGGAAGAGAAGCUCCACACUCUAAAUCAGCGAUGGAGGGCUGUCAACCGCCAGGUUUUGGACCGGCAGCGCAGACUGGCUGGAGGGGAUCCGGCCCUGACGGACCUGUUGAGAAGAAGCGAUGAUUUGGCUUUAUGGCUGCGGCAGGCGGAAGACGCCCUCGGCACACUUCCUGUCACCUCCACGGACCAAAACCUCAAAGAACUCAAGGCUUUAGCUGUGGAGAUGGAUGCACACAAUGAACAUCUGGGCUGGGUGAACAAACAUGCCCCUCAGAUCCUCGCCAGUCCCAGCGUGAGCCCACAGAGCAGAGAGCAGCACGUCGGCAAGCUUAGAGCCAUCAACCUCAACUGGAGCAAGGUCACCCAUGAGUUGUUAGACCAAGUGGGGCAAGUGGAGGCCAACCUGCAGAGUCAUGCACACUUCAAGGACAAAAUGAACAGAUUGACCGACUGGGUGGUCAUCACGCACCAGACCAUCGCCAACAGGGGCCUGAGUCCUGGUCAAGCCCAGGCUUUGGAAAUCUCCAUGAAAGACAGAAAAUCAGACUUGGAAGACCUGUUGGCCCACUCCAUUGAGCUACAGCGCCGACAGCAGCUGUCUCCCCAUGAAAAGAGUAAGGUGGAGCAGCUGGCGGCCGACUGGAAAGUUCUCGACGGUCGACUGAGGGAGACUCUCCAAGUGCAUGUUUCGCCAUGGACGCAGCGGCAAACUGUUGUCCAGCGUCAGCAACUUGUGUCUACGGUGCCCUCCGCCGUCCAGAUGGCCAGCCUGGUGAGCGAGGACCCACACCACCAGACCCCACAUACACCGGAGUCUGUGGCCCCCACCGACCUCAACGAGACGGCUACGGAAUUGGCAGACUGGCUGGUCCUCAUUACCCAGAUGCUCAAGUCCAACAUCGUCACUGUGGGGGACACAGAGGAGAUCAGGACCACUAUGGGACGCCUUCAGGUAACAAAAAGCGACCUGGAGCAGCGUCACCCUCAACUGGAAGACAUCUUCACCCUGGCGCAGAACAUCAAGAACAAGACGUCUAACCUGGAUGUGCGCACGUCCAUAACGGAGAAAUUGGAGAGGGUGCGAAGCCAGUGGGACAACACUCAGCACGGCGUGGAGGCGCGACUCCAGCAGCUGGACAACAUGAUUGGCCACAGCGACCAGUGGGAGGGCCAGAGAAGGGAGGUGCAGGCUGUGAUUGGACACAAGGAAGGAUGGUUCCACAGCCUGCUCCAGCAGUCUGCAGACCCUCUGACUAAACAACUGUCUGACAGCAAGGCCUUCCUGCUUGAGCUGAGUCGCGGCCAGGCUGCAGUGGCGGCUUUCAACGAGCUGUCCAACCACCUUUUACACCAGUAUCCGACAGACGACACCAGGAGGGUCAAAGAGGUCACCGACGUGCACAACGCCGCCUGGAACAGCAUCAAUAACAGGGCAAAUGACCGCCAUAACCACUUGGAUGCUGAGCUGAAGAACCUUCAGGUGUCCCUCAGGGAGCUGGAGGCCUUCCUCAAGUGGCUUCAGGAGGCGGAGACCACUGUCAACGUGCUGGCCGACGCCUCCCAGAGAGAGGAUCUGUCGCAGGAUUCCGCCGGCGUGAAAGAGCUCAGACGACAGCUAGAGGACAUCCAGGCUGAGAUUGACGCCCACAAUGACAUCUACAAAAGCGUGGACGGAAACAAGUCCAAGAUGGUCAAAGCGCUGGGGAGCUCCGAGGAAGCGGUGUUCCUUCAGCACAGGCUGGAUGACAUGAACCAGCGCUGGAACGACCUUAAGGCCAAGUCGGCCAACAUACGAGCCCACCUAGAAGCGAGUGCAGAGCGCUGGUCUCGUCUGCUGGGCCUCCUGGAGGAGCUGUGGAGAUGGAUCUGCAUGAAGGACGAGGAGCUGACCAAGCAGAUGCCCAUUGGUGGAGACGUGCCAACCCUGCUGCAGCAGCAGAAUCACUGCACGACAUUGCGGACGGAGCUGAAAGAACGGGAGCAGCUGGUGAUGGGCACAUUGGAACAAGCUCGGAUGUUUCUGGCCGAGCAGCCCAUCGAAGGUCCUGGAGAACCACGCAAGAACCUGCAGCCAAAGACAGACCCCAGCCCGGAGGAGAAGGCCCGUGGGCUGGCUCGGGCCAUCCGCAAGCAGACAGACGACGUGAGGGAACGUUGGGAGCGUCUGAGAGGCCACGCUGGAGGCUGGCAGAAUCAAGUCGAACAAGCCCUGGAGCGACUACAGGAGCUUCAAAGCUCCAUGGACCAGCUGGAUCUGCGGCUGACCCAGGCCGAGGAGGCCAAAUCUACCUGGCAGCCCGUAGGCGACCUGCUCAUCGACUCCUUGCAGGACCACAUCGACAAGACGGUGGCCUUCAGAGAGGAGAUUGCCCCGUUGCGUCAGGAUGUGCGGCUAGUAAAUGAGCUUUCUGCAGACCUGACACCACUGGACAUCCAGCUGUCCUCCACUGCCUCCAGGCAAUUGGACCAGCUCAACAUGAGGUGGAAACUACUCCAGGUGGCAGUGGAAGACAGACUGAAGCUCUUACAGGAAGCCCACCGAGACUUUGGCCCGUCCUCUCAGCAUUUCUUAUCAACUUCUGUGCAGCUCCCCUGGCAACGGGCGGUUUCUCAAAACAAAGUCCCGUACUACAUCAACCACCAGACACAAACAACAUGCUGGGACCAUCCCAAGAUGACUGAGCUCUACCAGUCGCUAGCGGACUUGAACAACGUGCGUUUCUCAGCGUACCGCACCGCCAUGAAGAUCCGCCGCCUGCAGAAAGCACUGUGCUUGGAUCUGCUGGACCUGAGCGUGGCCCAGAACACAUUUGGGCAGCACAAGCUAACCAACAACAACCAGCUGCUGUCCGUCCCCGACAUCAUCAACUGUUUGACCUCCAUCUACGACGGCCUGGAGCAGGAGCACAAAGACCUGGUCAACGUACCGCUGUGUGUCGACAUGUGUCUCAACUGGCUGCUCAACGUCUAUGACACCGGUCGCAGUGGAAAGAUCCGCGUCAUGUCCAUGAAGAUUGGAUUGCUGUCUCUCUGCAAGGGACACCUGGAGGAGAAAUACAAAUACCUCUUCAGUCAGGCGGCGUCGUCGGGAGACACGUGCGACCAGCGGCAGCUCGGCCUCCUCCUCCACGAAGCCAUCCAGAUCCCCAAACAGCUGGGAGAGGUGGCCGCCUUCGGAGGCUCCAACAUCGAGCCCAGCGUGCGGAGCUGCUUCCAACACGCCACCAACAAGGUGGAGUUGGACCCCAGGCAGUUUGUAGACUGGAUGCGUCUGGAGCCCCAGUCCAUGGUGUGGCUUCCUGUCCUGCACAGAGUAGCUGCGGCUGAGACGGCCAAACAUCAGGCCAAGUGUAACAUCUGCAAGGAGUGUCCGAUCGUGGGCUUCAGAUAUCGCAGUCUGAAGCAUUUUAACUACGACGUGUGUCAGAGCUGCUUCUUCUCUGGGCGUACCGCCAAGGGCCACAAGCUCAACUACCCCAUGGUGGAGUACUGCACACCGACGACAUCAGGCGAGGACAUGCGGGAUUUUACCAAAGUGCUGAAGAACAAAUUUCGCUCCAAGAAGUACUUCGCCAAGCACCCUCGAUUGGGCUACUUACCUGUCCAAACUGUCCUGGAGGGAGACAACAUGGAAACUCCCGUCACCCUCAUCAGCAUGUGUCCGGAGCAGUAUGAGCUGUCCCAGUCACCUCACUUCUCCCAUGAUGACACCCAUUCCCGGAUAGAGCAGUACGCCAGCAGGUUGGCUCAGAUGGAGAGGUCCAACGGGUCACUGCCCACGGACAGCAGCUCGGCAACGGGAAGCAUGGAUGACGAGCACACACUGAUCCUUCAGUACUGUCAGGCGCUGGGAGGGGAGGGGUCUCCCACCAGUCAGCCUCAGAGUCCCGCCCAGAUCCUGCAAGCCGUGGAGAGGGAGGAACGCGGUGAACUGGAGCGGGUCAUCGCUCGCCUGGAGGAGGAGCAAAGGACUCUACAGAGGGAAUAUGAGCAGCUGAAGGAGCAGCAGCGAGGGGCCCCAGCCGGCCGCCCUUGGGAGUUGGAGAGCCCGCCCGGGGCUCACCCCGACGAGGCCGACCUCCUGGCCGAGGCCAAGUUGCUGCGGCAACACAAGGGCCGCCUGGAGGCCCGCAUGCACAUCCUGGAGGACCACAACAAACAGUUGGAGUCUCAACUGCAUCGCCUCAGGCAGCUCCUGCACCAGCCGGAGGGGGACUUGAGGUUAAAUGGAGUUUCUUCUUCUCCCGCCGUGCAGGAUGGAGAGCCACUUGCAGAGAACUCAGAUGAGCUGCUGGACCCUCACAACAGCAGCUCUGACCUGGCCGAUGUCAUGGAGCAGAUUAACAACUCCUUCCCUGCAUGUAGUCCCUCAAGCCUCUCGCCAAGACCACAGGUGAUGUGAUCAAAGAGCGACUCAGCCAUUCCACAAAAAGACCUUAAAUCCCAAAGAUGCACAGGACCCGACAACUUGUCUUCUUACACCACACCUUGUCGUCGUGUACUAUGCAACGUGUACAACCCCCGCCCUUCUGUCCCAUUCUCUUUUCUUCUGUUUUCUAUGGUGGGAUUGGUGAUGUCCACUUAGAAUCAAACUGUUACAUUUCCUUUGUCAUUCCACGUUUUCUUCUAACACAGAAGAAUCACUGGGAUUGAAAUGAGGAGUCAAAGUUUGAGGACCUUGAACAUGUGGUCGCUCUGCAGGGUUACCUUCGAAGUACAACGGAGUAUUGGGACCACACUAAAAAAAGAAAAUAUGAUCGUGAUACUGCAAGAAUCGGAGUCCAAAUAGGAAGAAAUAUAUGAGGAUAGGCUCAUCAUUUUGUGAGAGAACACGAUAAAACUCAUCAUUGCUGCUCUCACACAGAAUGAUUUUUUUAAUUUAAUUUUUAUUUAACUUUUCUAUGGAAAAAUCCAACCUUUUCUCAGUAAUGCGACAUUCUCCGACCAGUACCAUUUCUUAAACAAAACAGCAACAUUUUUAAAUUCUGAAUUAAUUUAUUGUGACCCAAGUACAACUUUUCUCAAUUUUUUUUUUUUUUUUUUUUUUUUUUUUAGCAUUUUCUAACAUAAUUCCCAUAAAAUUAUGACUUUUCUCAGAAAAAAAAACUUUUUAUAUUUUGGCUUUAUUUUCACAACAUUACACUUUUUCUCACAAAUGAAAAGUCUUUUAAAGUUCUGACUUCAUAGUCGUACAACUUUUUUUUUUUAACUUUUUUUUGCAAUAUUCUGAUGUUUUUGUAUGAUUACAAAUCUAAAAAAAAAAAACUUUUAUUCGGAUCCGAUAACUGUUUUCAAAAUUUGUUUUCUACUAUUCUUCUAUUAAUACUUCAUUCACUUUAAGACUUCUUUUCUUAGAAUGUUUCUUGCAAUAUUCCAACUGUUUUCGUAUGAUUACGACUUAGGAAAAUAAAAACCCAAACUUUUUUCUUGCAAUAUUCAGAUUUUGUUUUAAUUAUAUGACAACUCGUCUAAAAAAAAAAAUUGGACUUUAAAAAUUAGGACUUCUUUUGGGCAAUAUUCUGACAAUUUUCUGUUUUCGCAUGAUUAUGACUAUCCCCGGAAAAAUAUACAAUAUUCUGACAUCAUACUCUCAACGAUUUAAAAAAAUAAAAUUCUUGAGAUAUUCUGACUCGUAACACAACUCGUAACACUACAACUUCUGUUGGAAAAAAACAAAACUAUUUCCUUGCAAUAUAUUCUUGUACUCUUGUAUUCUUGAGUUUUGUCGCAAAAAGGCCAAACCAACUUUUUUCUUGUAAGAUUCUGACUAUAUUUUCAUAAGAUUAUGAAUGUUGACUAAAAUAAAACAUUUAUCUCGUAACAUUCGGAAAUUUAUCUCCUUACAUUAUUCCAAUUUCCACGUUUUUUGUGGUUAUGAUGUUUUCUCUUUUGAGCGUGGCCCUAAAAUACUGGUCGCUUGAAAGCAUCAAUAUGAAUGAUGAAAGUGCAUUGUUAUGUUGUAUUACGUCACUCCUUGCGUGCCUAUACAGUUUAUCAUUCCACGCGUGGAAGAUGGGUGUGUCCAUGAAGAGACAUUGUGGAGAAGACACACUCGGUGUGAAAUUGAGCUUGUACGACAAGUAGAGUAGUGUAUUUGUUUUCCAAGGAACGUUAUCAAUCAAGAGGAAAGCCAUGAUUGCCUUGCUACCUCAGACACAAAAGCUCACUGUAUGGGUGUACACUGCAAUGAGGAGGAAACCAAGUUAGUAAGUGUCCGAACAACUCCAGUCACUGUUACUGUACCGCAAUGGGUCCUGCUGAAGCCUCACUGUCGUCGUGCUCUUCAUCCUGUUGUGACGCUAAACAACACUACUACUAUACAACCCUCCUCUUCCUCCUUCCUAGCUUCUUCAUGUGGGUGAUUCUCGUACUUUACAACUCUUUCUGUCCUGAGGUGUGUAAAAUAGACGAACCACGUCAAGUGUAUAAUGGCUACAUUGUUUUAUUUCCAAAUAAACAUUUUAUAACAAU